CAAAGCCGGUAUUUACAAAAGUUUAAUCACAAAUGCAUUGCUCAACAGCUGAAAAAACGGAAUUUAAUGGUAAGUUUACCUACGGCAUUAAGGUACUGUCAAUGGUUUUCUUGCAUACUCUUUAUGUUGCAGGACAUGUGGAGGAUUACUACACAAAAGGAUCACUACUGGGAGAGGGAGGAUGCGGAUCAGUAUAUGCUGGGACUCGCAUCUCUGAUGGACUGCCAGUUGCCCUAAAAUAUGUGGCGAAAGUAGAAGAAGACCUGCUUCUACCUGGACAGGAAGUCAGAACACCUCGGGAGGUGAGGCUAAUGGGCCUUGUGAAUGAGAACACGGGUCAUCCUAACAUCCUGCGGCUCUACGAGUGGUUCGAUGCCCCAGACUGCUACGUGAUGGUUCUAGAGCGGCCUGACCCCUGUAAGGACCUGGUGGACUUCUGCUACACCCAGAACAAAAAAGUGAUGGAUGAACAGCAGGCCCGGGCAGUGAUAGACCAGCUGCUUCACGCCCUCCUGCACUGCCAGCAUGCAGGAGUGUUCCAUCGGGAUGUGAAACCAAACAACAUCCUGAUAAACACGGAGACCCUGCGUGUCAUCCUCAUUGAUUUUGGGUGUGGAACUUCCUGGAAGGACACGCCUUUCAGUUCCUUCGCAGGCACCACUGACUUCUCACCUCCAGAGUUGUUUGAGGAGGGGCUGUACCAGGCUGGGCCCUUCACAGUGUGGUCCCUCGGGGUCACAGUGUUUGACAUCGUUUGUGGCUACCUGCCAUUUAACCCGGACGAUGGCCAUGAGAGCAUGAGCAGGGUCCACUUCCCUACAGGGCUGUCCUCAGAAAUCAAGGACUUCAUGAGCAGGUGUUUGGCACCAGAGGUGAACGAACGAGCGACGCUAGAAGAGCUCCAGCGUCACCCGUGGCUCCACCCCACCUGCUUACAACAAGGAUUCAGGAAGAGGAAGAUGAGGAGGGAGGAAGAUGGAGAGCAGAAAAGGAGCUCCUCUGACUCUCUCAUUCCCGCAAAGUGCCUCCGGAAAGAUCAAGAUGAAUGCCUUCAGCUUCUGGCAUCACCUACUCCAGGAGGAGAAGGCCAAGGCCAUGAAGGAAAGGGCCUGAGUGAACAUGGUCCCCAGGCCCCCGUACUCAGCCUUGGCCAGACAGAGGAUGACCAUCUGAGCCACGGCCAAAGCAGUGAGCAGUUCCUAUCUGCCUGCUCCUCUUUGCGGUCGUAUUACAGCUGUCAAUCCACAGAGAGGAGAGGCAUGAAUGAGGAGACAGGCGUGAAGAGCCAUCGGGAGAACCAGGAAAUGGCAGCAAACUGCCUUACGAAAGGUCUAAACUCAAAAAAUAGGAUGCUUCCUGAUGAUAUAUGCUGUGUGAUAUGUGCUGUGCGUGUGUAUAAUAAGGAACGGAAUGAGACUAAAGCACUGGAGGUCUCAAGACUGUCCUGUGUUCCGUCUCCUACAGCCUCAGAAAAGCCCCAGAAGGCUGGCGUGAGGAAGAGGAAGAUGGGGUGUGAAGAGCAGGCAGUGGUGCAUGGAAAGAACCUGGGUCCCUACAGCGGGACCAGACCUGCAAAGUGCCCACGGAAAGAUUUGCAGGAUAUGGGCCAGAUGAUGCACUACUCUGCCUCGAUGCCUCGGGCCUCCAGGACCAUGAACCCAAUGUCCUCCUGGGGUGGAUAAUAUAACGUUGAGGCAGACUGGCACAAACAAAAACUAAGCAGCUUGGUCACUUUUCAUCGCUGUUUAACUUUUGGUUUGACACCGACACAUGGAUAUGUCACAGUCUGCUUGAACCCCAUAUUAUCCUCCACCUUCCCAGCCUGCCUUAACCCUGUUUUAGCCCCGCCCCACCUCAGAUGCAGUAAGUGCCAAAGUGCAUGGUGUGCCCCACUGCAGUCUGCAGCCACAUACACAAGCCACCAUGCGGCAGGAAAGCUUGUGGACCGCACGUUUGUAAGCCUUGUUGUAGUACACAUUGUACAUUAAAAAUAUUCAGAAUAAUUAUCCAAGGGACAUACAAUUAAAAUGACAAUAAGAAGUCAAAUAAAACCUGGGGAAGUUUGGUGACUCUCCCUCAGGCAAUAUCUGUGGUGCUUUGUGCAGCAGCAGUUCUGACUUCCUGCUUUUCCAGGUGGAUGAAGUUUCUGUGCUGCAGUCCCAUCAAGCCAGGGAGGCUGUGCAGGAAACUGACCAGUGGAGGAAAGCCACAGUGCAGCCGGGUCCAGAGAGCUAAGCCCAGGCCUAGUUAAAUCAAAGACAAUGAGUUCCAUUAGUGCUUAUGACCAGCACGGCAGAGGUAAAGCACUAUAACAUACACAGGCCCCAUGCACACAUACAUUCACACGCUUUGCUGUUUCUGUCUUCUGCAACUUUGUAUGCUCCCACAAUGCCAGCUAUCCCUCUGCAGUUCAGCAGCUGAACUGCGCAGUCAGUUUAGCAUGUAGUGUUCCUGUUGGCCAUCUUUAAUUUCAGGCUAACAUGGCUUUUUAUAGCACAAACGAAAAAUUGAACGCAGACAUUUCUAGAGGGGAUUUGAGUCAUUCCAAACCGUACCUAAAA